GAGGGAUUGAUCUUUGACCAACAAAAGGGAUGACAAGAAUCUGUGAGAGAGAAAGAUGACAACGACGACGUACCUCUGUCUCCGUACACCACCAUUACAAUUCAGAUCGGAAUUUCCAGAAGACACAAAACAAGACACAGAAUCGUGAAAGAGAGAAGGAGAAAGGGGCAAGAAGAAGAAAGAUGGUGGGAAACAAAGAUAAAUCGAAAGAGAAAAAAGAGAAACGAGACAAGAGACUCCAAGAGAUCUCCCUCCUUCGUACUAUUCCUUACUCCGAUCACCAGAGGUGGUGGACCUCUGAAACUGUGGCGGUGGUAACAGGUGCGAAUAGAGGAAUAGGAUUUGAGAUGGUGAGACAAUUGGCUGGACAUGGCUUAACAGUGAUUCUAACAUCAAGAGACGAGAACGUAGGUGUCGAAGCAGCCAAAGUCUUGCAAGAAGGCGGAUUCAACAUAAACAAUGCAGGUGUAAACUACAAUGUAGGAACAGAUAACUCUGUUGAGUUCUCUCAUAUGGUCAUAUCUACUAAUUACUAUGGGACCAAGAACAUAAUCAAAGCCAUGAUUCCAUUGAUGAGACAUGCUUCUCAAGGUGCUCGUAUUGUCAAUGUCACCUCAAGACUCGCUAGAUUAAAAGGCAGACACAGUAAGCUUGAGAACGAAGCCGUGAGAGCGAAAUUUAUCGAUGUAGACACUCUGACAGAAGAAAUGGUUGACAAAACGGUGUCGGAGUUUAUGAAGCAAGUGCAAGAAGGAACGUGGGAAUCAGGAGGCUGGCCACAUUCUUUCACGGACUACUCUGUCUCGAAAAUGGCGGUGAAUGCAUACACAAGAGUACUAGCAAGAGAACUAUCUGAGAGACCAGAAGGAGCGAAGAUAUAUGCGAACUGCUUUUGUCCCGGUUGGGUAAAAACGGCGAUGACGGGUUAUGCCGGGAACGUCUCAGCGGAAGAUGGAGCUGAUACUGGAGUCUGGCUUGCACUGCUUCCUGAUCAAGCUAUCACUGGAAAGUUCUUCGCCGAGAGACGUGAGAUCAAUUUCUAAUUGAGGACAUGGGAUGGGACUUGCUUGGUGUUUGUUCUUUACUCGGCGUUUCUAUAAAAGAAAUGUUUUAUAAGUUAGUUUAUAGUAUGAUUCUUGAAGAUACAAGAGUUUGAAAAAAAAAUGAAAAAAAGAAGUUUAUAUGAAUAAACGAUUUAAGAGAAAUAAAAUUGAGUGGAAUUUGAC